GUGUGUGUGUGUGUGUGUGUGUGUGUGUGUGUGUGUGUGUGUGUGUGUGUGAGAGAGAGAUGAUUGUUUAUUUUUUAUUUAUAGAAUUUUGCGUUUGACAGAAGGGGCGGAGCUUUUUUAUGAGGACUUGAGUGACAGCAGAAAGCAGCAGUGCAUUGUGGGUAUGUUAUGGUAAAGGUUUGUUGGGCUUUUCUGCUCCGUGGAAGUCUCGGUUCGGUGUUUGUGGACUUUGGUUCCGUUCAGAGGAUAUUUUGGAGCUGGGAUGAGUUUGAACGAACACUCUUUACAGGCUCUGUCCUGGAGAAAACUCUACUUGAGCCGAGCCAAGCUAAAAGCCACCAGCCGCACUUCAGCGCUCCUUUCUGGCUUCGCCAUGGUCGCCAUGGUGGAGGUGCAGCUGGAGUCGAAUCACUCGUAUCCUCCAGGACUGCUGAUUGCCUUCAGUGCCUGCACCACGGUUCUGGUUGCAGUCCAUCUUUUUGCUCUGAUGAUCAGCACCUGCAUCCUGCCCAAUCUGGAAGCUGUCAGCAACGUUCACAACCUGAACUCUGUCAACGAGUCCCCACACGAGCGCAUGCACCGCCACAUCGAGUUGGCCUGGGCCUUCUCCACCGUCAUCGGCACCCUUCUCUUUCUGACAGAAGUCAUGCUCUUGUGCUGGGUGAAGUUUCUGCCUCUCAAAAGUCCCACCGACCAAAACAAUGGCACCGUAACUCCGGGUGAGGCCGCGGCCAUCGCUUCCACCUGCAUCAUGGUGCCGUUUGGACUCGUUUUUAUUGUGUUUGCUGUCCACUUUUACCGUACGCUCGUCAGUCACAAAACGGACCGACAGAUCCGAGAGCUGGAGAGGGUGAUUGAACUCCAGAACCAGCUGGACCACAGGGCCGAGAACGACGAGUUGAAGACCUCGGUCCAUUUCCCUUGAUAACAACCCGCUAGCGUGCAAUGGCUUUAGCUUUAUUUUAAAACGGCAUCUAAAGGCUUUGUUUUUCUUCACCGAGUGCUUUCACACAGCUGCAGUUUUCAUAUGUCAAAGGUUCAGGGUUGGGCCAUGUGGAGACAUCGCAUCCUGACGAAGUAUUAAAAUAUUGUAAAAAUAACAUUUGAAACACAAAAUGUGUCUCAGGGUCAAAAAUGAAGUUUAUCUUAUUUAGAAAAUACGUCUUUGAAACAAAUCUUGAACAAAAGCAGAAAUGAACAUUUGCUGUUGGACUCGUCUGUCCAGAGGUCCUGUCUGAAUCUGUCCCCACACAUUGUCUUGGAGGGGACAAAAUUUUUAACAGAGAGAAGUCACAAUUUAUGUGCAUGACACUGUUACAGUAUUGGGUCUAAUUUUAAUUAUUUUAAAUACAGGUCAGGCAUCUUGUCAGGUAACUAAAAAAUAAUAAUAAUAAAUAAAUUUAGUGUGGUUUUUAUCUUUUUUUUGGAGCCUUAUUGGUGGAGCUUUUUAUAUGUUAAAAUGAAAUUUCCAAGGGUGAUUUAAAAAGUACAUUAGUUGUCUCCACCAGUAUUAAAUAAAUGGAUGAGAUAAUAAUCGGUAGAUACCACUUGUGUGUGUGUGUGUGGAUAUAUAUUCUGCCUUGUAUAAUUUCAUCACAAUGCAAAUUGAAAUAUAAACUUGCUUUUUUUUGUUUUUUGACAAACAUGUUUACUCACAAAGCCGGCAUAUUUCAAGGUAUAACUUUCUAACAAAAUUCAGUUAUUCAGAUUUGUUAUAUAUUAACAAAUCUGAUUAUUCACCAUGUGGACUCGCUGGACUAGAAACUAAUAUUACUGAAAUAAACUAAAGGAUCCAGUCACAGUUUCACUAUUGAUGCCCAUUAUUCACUAUGUACCCUUUAAUGUGUAAGUUCCCAUAUAUAGAAAUCAGAAAAAGAUGGCACUAUUUUUGCUUUAUAAUGUCAAUAAUAGUCCUGUCAUAUGAUAAAUAUCAAUACUUUUAUUCACCCCAUGUUAUGUUUGAUCAAAUUGUUGAUCAGAGGAGAAUCAGUUUUAGUUUUGUGUUGGUUUUUUUUUACUCUCAGUGCACGCCAUCAAAAUAAACCCCAUGAUCCAGUAAGACAAAAACAAACAAAAAUUUCUUUUUUAAUUACUCUGUCUGGCCUCGGUGUGGAGAAGGGAUGCCAUGGGACAGUGUAUGUGCGCUCAAUGACGUGUUUAAUAUUUACGUGUUCCACCUGCCAAACCAAAGGAUUCUGCCGGUGGUGGAAACACAAACCAAGCCAGACGUAACCGUCCUGACCUGUAUCAUACCGUGCAGUACCGACCCAGAUCGCUCUGUGGAAACUGCGUUGUCAACAUAUGCUGGCUAAAUCGUCAUGGUGUGACAGGGCCCUGACAGAGUGGGCAGCUUUUGUUCCCUCUGAGAAGCAGGUUCUAUAACUUCCUGGUCGAUGCAUCAGGUGAUGUUUUAAUGUGUUGGUUGCCUCCGUAACCACCCACUGCACUUUCUUGCCAUCUGUUAGUGAAGAGUUUGGAUAACUCAAAAACCAACAAACCCUUCAUCGCAGAACUUUGAGAAGGUUGGACCCCACAUGGACAGAUGGCUACAUUUUCCAGGAACUGUCAGGAUAUUUCAAAAAAUAAAAUGUGUAGAGCAGGGAGCCCAGUAGAUGAGUUGUUACCAGCAUAUGGACCUGGGUUUGAGUCAUGGUUAUGAAAUCUGUUUGUGUUCUUGGACAAGAUUCAUCGUCCGAGUCCACCCAGCUGGACGUGAAUAUCGGCCUUGGUUGUAGAAGGCCCUGUUCAGACAGCCAGUAAAAAUCCCACUUAUGUGCAUGUCCGAUUUGUACCAGGUUUCAUUCUGCAACAUUUUUAAAAUGUGUGCGUGUGUGUCACCAGAGCCUUUAGUAAUCCAUAUACUGCGUGUCCUAGAGGUCUGCAUGUGUGACUUUCAUUACUAUAGCAACUGAUGUGGGUAAGACAGCAGAUGAGGACACAUGGACACACAGAUCGGAUCUGGUCACUUGCGGUGUAUGAUAGGGAUUGAAGAGUGGGUAUAUAUACCCAUAG